AUGGAGGCACCAGGCUUAGAACAUGGUAUUUUUGCACUGAGUUUUCUCCUAGUGAAAUUCACUAGGAAUUUUGCUUAUACAUGUGAUAUUUUCCGACAACGCAGGAACUACAUAAGGUCUGGAAGGGUUGAAGACGAGAUUGAAAUCCUUCAGAACAAACCGAGGAACAUUGAUGAAGGAACAGUUUUUGGUGGAAAGAGGACAAAGACUGCAAGAUCUCAAGGGAAGAAGAUUCAGAUAACUAUUGAACAAGAUAAAUCAAGUUGGAUAAAAGCUUUGUCUCUGGAGCCAGAUAAGAAUAAGCAAUGCAACCUGGCAAUAUGCUUGAUGCACAUGAACAGGAUCAGUGAAGCAAAAUCACUGCUUCAGGAUGUUAAAGCUUCAUCAGGAACUCAACAGAUGGAUGAAUCGUAUUCUAAAUCUUAUGGUCGUGCUCUUGAAAUGCUGAUCCAAGUAGAAUCCCAACCGAUGGAUAGAAGUUUGAAGGAAGCUACUGUUUUUCUUUCCAGAAAUGAGGAUAACAUCUCUGGCUAUAUGGAAACGAGAAGGUUGCCAUAUGCACAUUGGGAAGGGAAGAUGCUGGUCAGUGUAUUCCAGAAAGCUGAAGGAGAACUGGAGAUAAUCGACAGGACAAGAAGUAGGUUCUGCAUGGAAGAAAUGUAUGUUUCCUCAGCAGCUAGUAGAAAGCACUCAGAAGCUUUAUUUACCCAACCAAGACGAGAUCCGAUGAGAGGAGGAAGAUAG